CAAUGGCCGCCGUGAGGCCAAAGUGCGGCCGGGGAGUAGAAGAUGGCGGCGGCCGUGGCGCUGAGCGCCGCUUUGCGCGUAGCGCGCAGGGCCCUGGCGGCCGCGGGGCCGCGGGGGUCGCAGGUCCGGGGAGCUGCAAGUAUGACCGAUGGGGAUGAAGUGGCCAAGGCCCAGCAGGCAGCUCCCGGGGGAGCAGCCCCCACCAUCUUCUCCCGGAUCCUGGACCGAAGCCUCCCAGCUGACAUUCUCUAUGAGGACCAGCAGUGUCUGGUGUUCCGGGAUGUGGCCCCUCAGGCUCCCGUGCAUUUCCUGGUCAUUCCCAAGAAACCCAUUCCUCGGAUUAGCCAGGCCGAAGAAGAAGAUCAACAGCUUUUAGGACACUUACUCCUUGUGGCCAAGAAGACAGCCAAGGCUGAGGGCCUGGGCGACGGAUACCGCCUUGUGAUCAACGACGGGAAGAUGGGGGCACAGUCUGUCUAUCACCUGCACAUUCACGUCCUUGGGGGUCGACAGCUCCUGUGGCCUCCAGGCUGAUCCUGCCAGUGGACCCGGGACCCCAGACCUGGAUAUUUGUCUGGCUGGCUGUGGGAAAAGCUGUCCCUGUGAUUCUAAUAAACAUUUUCUUUAUUAA